GUUGUCAUUCGACCACUCGUCCAACUCGAAGUAACCGUUCACCUUUCACUCCCAACACUUUACUAUUGUGUUGUUCUCUUUUACUGUUUUCACUCGUCUGAUAGUUUCCCAAAGCCCAAAGCCACACAAUUCGAGCGCCAUUCUCGGUUUGCCGUGACUGCGCACCCCCAUCCUCACUUCAAGCUGACUGCAUUCCGCCAGGAUGUCCACAAUGCAACACUUCGGCAAGGGCAUCGUCCGUGUUGCAAAGAACUACACGAAGGGCUAUUCGGACGUACAAGCUAAGGUCCGAGACGCCACAUCGAAUGACCCAUGGGGGCCUUCGGGCACACAGAUGAACGAGAUAGCUCAAAUGACAUACAACCAGAACGAUUUUGUAGAGAUUAUGGAAAUGUUGGACAAACGUUUAAACGAUAAGGGCAAGAAUUGGCGGCACGUCUUCAAGUCGCUAACUGUUCUUGACUACCUCCUGCAUGCCGGGUCAGAAAACGUCGUCAUCUACUUCAGGGACAACCUAUAUGUCAUCAAGACUCUCAAGGAGUUUCAGUACAUCGACGAGUACGGGAAGGAUCAGGGAGCCAAUGUACGACAAAAGGCAAAGGAUAUCAGUAACCUGUUGUCAGAUGAAGGUCGCCUACGCCAGGAGCGUCGCUCAAGAGCCCACAUGCGCGAUCGGAUGGUUCGCGGGGCUGGCAUACCGGAGGAAGACGAGAACGAGAACAUCCGCAGGAGGAGUCAAAGUCUCCCAUCACGCCGAAUAAACGGCGACGACGAUGAACUUAAACGUGCCAUCGAGGAGAGCAAGCGAUCUCUUGCCGAGGAACAGGCUAAGAAUAACCUCACAGCCGAGGAAAGAGACUUGCAGGCAGCCAUCAAGCUCAGUGAAGAGGAGGAGAAGAAACGUGCCCAGGCUAUCGAAGAAUCGAACCGCUCCGCCCUCUUCGAUGACCAAAAUCAACUCAUUCCUACUGCUACGUCAACAAAUCCCUUCCCGCUUGUUGAUGCAGGACUUCAGCCACAGUUCACGCAAGCUCUCCAACCUCAAUACACAUCAAUACAACCUCAGUUUACGUCUUUCAAUCCCUAUCAGCAGCAGGCGCAACAGGAAGCUGCACAGGCCGAAUACUUGCGUCAGCAGCAGGAGUGGCAAGCAGCUCAGCAGCAGCAGCAGCAGCAGCAGCAACAACAACAACUUUUUUUGCAGCAACAGCAACAAGAACAGUGGCUACAGCAACAACAAAUGGCGCAACUCCAGCAGCAGCAGAUGCAGGUCCCACAGCAGCCUCUGAUGGCGCAACCAACUGGCUUUGGGUCGAACAAUCCGUUUGCUCCUUCCCCAUCCAAUUUCUCUCAGGCGUCUUCUCCUGGCCCGCAGGCCUCAGCACCUGUCUCGUUCAAUUUGCAGGGAACGUAUUCAAAUGUCAACGUGCCGUCUCUAAGUGUAUCUCCACCGCCAGCCUCUCAGUCUGCACCACCUUUGAGUAGCGGCCAAGGCGCGCAAAGACCUACAAGGGCAGAUCAAGAACAUGCCCACCUUGCGAACCUGUUUGCGAACCGAGAUGACGGUACUGAUACGUUCGGAAACAUUGGUCCCUUGCGAUAUGGUCAGCAAGCCGGGAAGUAUGUUCACAGCCAACCAACAGGCUCAAGUUCAGGCUACAAUCCAUUUGCACAUCAGCAACAACAGCAACAGAACAACAAUGAACAACCGUUUUUCUCUAUCUAAACCUCCGACCCAUCUGCCUUGUCCUACAUUGGAUUUUCUGGCGUUCCUGUCUCUCCUUACUUGGCGACCACAUAUGUACUAAUCGGACGCAAGCGAUACCCUGUCCCUCCUUUUUUCUCCCGCUUAUCCGCUUCUCUCUUCCGUUCCUUACUUGCUCGCUACUUUCUUGUAUGAAUGUUAUUCCGUUUUCGUAGGCCCAUCUCUUAAUUGUCUUGUUUCUUGUCGCCCUGAAUCGGGCGCCGCAACUGCCGGAAAGGUGGUGAACACUACCAGAUGACAAAAGCAAUUUGUAACAUCCAUAGUCAAUUCUCAGUCUCCAGUUGGUUCC